AUGGACCUCCGGGAAAAACGGAAAGGAAUGCUGACGAGGGGUCUGGUGGCGCCCCGGCAGGAACCACUCAUCCAGACGGCUGCGAGAUGGCUCCUCUGGUGGAAAAUGAGACCAGAGCAUUAUGAUAGUUCCUCAGGAUCACUUCAGCUUAUUUCUAUAAAACCAAUGGCAGCUCCACCCACCUACUCGCACCCUGCGUCCUCCGACCGCAGCCAGGACUCUGCUGUAUUCAAUGGAGAGGUGAAUUUGGCUCUGAAACAGAAGUCAGACAUUGAGCACUACAGGAAUAAGCUUAGACUGAAGGCCAAGAAGAAGGGAUACUAUGACUUCCCUUCUGCUGAGGGAAAAGGAAGCACUAAAGACCUGAGUCAGCGACACAAGUACAGCCAUGACAAGCUUCCACACCCGCACAGCAGAGCUCAGGAACCGGAAGACGACAGGGGCUCCACAUAUGUGAAGUAUCGCAGGAGACCCUCUCAGGUGAGUCACCCCACAAAUCGCAGCAGACAGUCUCUAAACAGUCCUGGAGGAACAGAGAUGGAUCUUCUGGUCAUGAGAGAGAGACCCAGAAAGGGGAUUCGUAACAGUGGCUAUGAUACUGAGCCAGAGAUUAUUGAAGAGACUGAUGUUGACCGACUGGCGGGCCGCCAUUAUUUUGGCUGUGGUCGACAAAUCAAAGGUCAAUCUGAGACAUCAACACUGAGUUCCCAGCCUUCCAUAGAUGAGGUUCGUCAGCAGAUGCAUCUGCUGCUAGAAGAAGCCUUUAGUCUAGCUUCAGCUGGUCACUCCACUUCCAGCAGACACCAUCACUCCCACCAUCAGCAUCCAUCACUGGGUCCCUAUGGCUUGGGUCCAGUCAUCCCGUACUCAGAGGUGGUGACCAGUGCACCGUGCACCACAAGUCAAGGGCAGGGAGGCCUACAGUGGGUGCCAGCCUGUAGACCAGACCCUUACCAGUGCAGCCUGGCCAAACAGGCAUUCAGGUUCACUCAGCUCCCUGAAAUGGCUCUUGGGUCACCUCCACCCCCUGUCCCACCAAGAACAGGCCCUCCUCCUGAGUCAUCACUGCAACGGACAUCUUCUGAUCUUGGUCUGAAGGGUCAUUGCUCUGAGUUGUCAGUGCCGAGUCAGCAUGACAGCGCCCUCUACCAGCCAAAAGGCAGAGCGCCACUCCCACCUGUCACUACUGAGCCCAUUCCUAACCACUCAGGAAACCCCAUGACAGCAGUGUACGCCAUCCCAGCCACUCGUCCAGAAUACACUGGAUAUUUCAUCUCCACGCCACCCUCCUCCUACCACAGCCCAUCCUGGAUGUCUUACCCCCCUGAACCCGAGGAUGUGCCUCCUCAGUGGGCCGAAUCUAUGCCCCUACCAGGCUACGCAGAGGCCUUUCCUCACCCUCAUUAUCCUCAGGGCAGCCCUCUCCUGUGGCACCACCGCCAGGCCGCUCAGGGUGGUCCGGACAAUCCACCCUCCUCCUCCACUGCAGUGUCCCAGCAGAGUCUAGCAGAGCCCAGAGAUCCGAUCAGCCCCAACACCCCCCUCAGUAGCCUUUACACUUCAGCCCUAGUCAAAGCCAUCCGUGAUGAGGUGGCCAAACUGGCCAAGAAGCAAGCAGACAUGUUUGAGUUCCAGGUGUAGAACAUUCUGGUGAAUUCAUGGACCAGCUGCACUGAGACUGAACAGUCUGAUACAUUUACGACUUCUGAUUUCACCGGAUUAAAUAAUUUUUCACUGGAUACUUUUUUUUCCUUUCAGUGAAACACCUGUCUGCUUUUAAUACAGUUUUUGUGUGGUUCUUUUUGCCAUUGUACUAUAACAUUAAUAUGUAAUUAAACAUUUUCUUUAUUGUAGUAUAACAUUAAUAUGUAUUUAAAGUUUUUAUUUAAUGGGACAAUAUGGAAAUCUACAAUUUUCUCAUUUUAGCUGUAUUUUAUGAAAACUGGCAUGGUAAUCAAAAGGAUAGUCCACCUAAAAAUGUAAAUUCUGUCAUGAAUUACACCCCCUCAUGUUGUUCAAA